CUUUACUAUACAUAGCCGAUAUUGGAAUUUAUUUUACAGCUUAUACCUUCGAAGAUUAUUUGCAGAUUGGAGUUUAUCUACUAUUAGUUAUUUUACAGGUUAGCUUCCACAAAACUUUUACAAGUUAACUCGGUAAGGUCAAAUUUUUGUUUAGGAUCAAAGAAGCUCAGUACUGAGUAGUAGUUAGUAAAUAACAUACUUUUAGAACCAGUAGAAUUGAACAGGAAUCCGUAUUUUUGGCAUUGUACACGGAGGGAAAUUGUUGUAUAUAAAAAAUAAAUAAAUAAAAAAUUUUGAAAUAGAAUUACAACUAUAAAAACAAUGUCAUUUUUAUCAAAUACAUCAUCAGCAGCUACUACUUCAAGUGCAUCAACUGGUAAAGAACUUAUUAAUGAUAUAACUAUUAAUAAUGGACCAGAAGAUUCUAUAAGUGAUUUAUCAUUUUCUACAAAACAUGAUUUAUUAGCAGUAGCAAGUUGGGAUAAAAAAGUUCGAAUUUAUGAAAUAGAUCCAAAUUCAGGUAAUAAUCAAGGACGAGCAAUAUUUGAACAUGAAGCACCAGUAUUUUCUGCAAGAUGGUCAACUGAUGGUACAAAAGUUGUUAGUGGAGGAGCUGACAAACAAGUUAAAAUAUUUGAUUUACAAACUCAACAAUCUCAACAAAUUGGAAUUCAUGAAGCUCCUGUAAAAGCUGUUAGAUAUGUUGAAUGUGGUCCAAGUAAUACUCAAGCUGUUGCAUCUGGUUCAUGGGAUAAAACUUUAAAAUAUUGGGAUAUGAGAUCUCCUCAACCAAUAGCAACUAUUCAAUUACCUGAAAGAGUUUAUGCAAUGGAUUCAAGUCAAAAAUUAUUAGUAAUUGGAUGUGCUGAAAAACAUAUAACUGUUAUUGAUUUAAAUAAUCCUCAACAAAUAUUUAAAAAUAGUCAAUCACCAUUAAAAUGGCAAACAAGAACUAUAGCAUGUUAUCCUCAAGGAAAUGGAUUUGCAAUUGGAUCUAUAGAAGGUAGAUGUGGAAUUCAAUAUGUUAAUGAUAGUGAACAAACUAAAUUUGGAUUUGCAUUUAAAUGUCAUAGAAUUGGAGGUACAACAACAAGUUCUGCAUUAAGAUCAAGUGCUAGUACAACAUCACAAGCAUAUCCUGUAAAUUCAAUAUCAUUUCAUCCAACUUAUGGAACUUUUAGUACAGCUGGUUCUGAUGGAACUUUUAGUUUUUGGGAUAAAGAUGCAAGACAAAAAUUAAAGGCAUUUCCAAAUUUAAAUUGUACAGUAUCUGCCACAGCAUUUAAUGCUACUGGAAGUAUAUUUGCUUAUGCUAUGAGUUAUGAUUGGUCUCAAGGAUAUAUGGCUAAUAGACCUGAUUAUCCUCAUAUAGUAAAAUUACAUGCUACAAAAGAUGAAGAGAUUAAACAGAAGAAGAAACGAUAGAUAGACUUUGUAGUAUAAAAUAAGUAUACCAUACUAUAUACUAAGUAUUGUAUAUAUACUAUAUAUAGUUUAGUAUAGUAGUAUAGUAGUAUAGUAGCAUAGUAAACAGAUGUAUAGUAGAUAAAGUAUGUACUUACCAAAUCGGGUAGUG